AUGAAGGAACGAGAGUACGAUGGUGCUCACCCAAUCUUCACGCCGGUGCUGGCCCCUGAAAUCACGUCGACCUCGCACGCCGCCCUUGUCCAGUGGCGCAAGGAACGGAAGGUCUAUGAAGACAUCAUGAGAGCGCGCUGCCAGACCUCGGGAGAGGACUACGCUGCGGUGACGAGAUCCGUGAAGGAUUCUUUCGAUCGGAAGCUGCUAGAGACAUGGCGUCGGCUCCGGUGGCAAGUUGCAGUGACUGAAGUCGAUGACGACAGACUGCGUAGCGAGAUCGACAACAUUAUCAACUCCGUGAAGAACCACACUCUGCCCGACGUGCAAGCUCUGUUCAAGAAACAGUUGCAUUUCAACCUGAAGGAGAGUGACUCGGAAACCGGGCGGAAAGAAAAAUGCAGUUUGCUGGUCAACUCGAUUACCCCGGAAGGAUUGAAGGAGGAGGUGAAAAACGCCUUGCGGUACCAAUCGCCUGGAGCCAAGACGGAUGAGUGCAAGUUGCACGAUGUGAUACUGGCCAAGGCACUUGAGCAGAACCGAGACUUUCGGCGAUCAAAGAAGAAGAGGGCCUCGGAUGAUGUUCAAACGCCACGUCAGACACACGAGCGCGGCGGAAAGAAGGCCAAGCUCAGAGCCGAGUCUGGCAAAGGAUGCCUAAAAUGCGGAGGACCUCAUUGGCUUUCUAAGUGCCCUGAAGCCAGUGACGCUGAGAAGCGAGACUUGCCGAAGCAGUUCUACAAGAACAAGGACAAAGCGUCCACAGAGCUCAACGCAGUAAUGGGGAAAGAGAUCUCGAUAAGGAAACGGGAAAAACCGAUCAAGGGCCGUGCAGUUGGGGGGCAUUGGGUCGAGGCUGUGAAAGCUGUAGACCUGGCUGGCAUCGUUGAACACCAGAAACCUGUCGAGUGUCUGCUAAUUGAAGAUGAUGAUGAUGAAUUUAUCGUUGCUGGAGCAACUUGCACAACCUCAAGUCAACGACGACUGUGA